AAGCUUCACACGUUUUUAAUAUUCCACCACUGCCCGCCGGAUCGACGACGUAUUCCGCAGUACCGCUAUCUGAUCCAUCCACGCAAUUACCUACUAUCCCAUUUAGCGGUACCCGCAAUAACCUGGUUUUAGAUGUGGCUAAUGCCCCUUUUCAAAGAUACAGGUACUACAUCUAUCCCUCACAAACUUCCCAGACCAUCCAAACCCGCCCAAAUUCUAAUUACCCCUAUAUCGUCAGUGGGAGGCCUCCACCGCUACCAAUGCCACACACUCCAAUUCCGCCAUUGCCCAACCGCUUGAACUCUGAUAACCCUUAUAUCGUCAGUCAGAGGCCUCUAGGGCCAUUACCGCCUGCAAGACCACCACCGCCUCCAUUGCAAAUCCCUUCUCCAAGAGCCCAGCAAUACAGCAUAAACGGUCACGAUCCUGUUACAAUUAAUAAUACUCAAGCGAAUUUAGAUAAGGAUAGUGCCGAAAAUGUUUUGAAGGGCAAAUUGGUCACCGGGCCACUCGAAGAUGGCGCUGGUUUAAGUUCCGCUUCUGCUAAUAAUGCAACAACUAACCCUCCAAAUAUUCAGUCACCUGGGUCUAGUUAUUCUAUGCGCGAUAUCAACCACACGAUAUCGCCCGGGAUUUCUCGCCCCUCGGUGUCCUCUAGAACUGGUUCUAAUCAUCAUCGAAAUCAUCCAAACUGGUUUUCGUCGCAUUGGCCAUUUGGUUAAAAUAUCUUAAAUAUAUCAAAACACGAAAAAAAACGCGAAAUUAAAUCUCUUAUAAUAACCUGAAUCGCUUCCUUUACUUGAUUAUUACAUAUUUUUCUCUAAUUUGAAAUUUUUACUUUUGCCUUAUUACAGAUUUUGUACCUAAAUCACAUUGCACACUGUUCAGUGAU